AUGGCCGAGAAGACGUCACAGCUAGCUGUUGCUGAGAAAAAACAGUCUCCUCUCCCUAGCAAGUUGGGCAAGGAGGACACUGAUAGUGAGAGCAUUGUGGCCGGUGAGAAUUCCAGUACCGACGAGUCCGAGUUAUUCCUUCAGCAACAUGGAUUCACAACCGAGUAUCUCAAUGAACUUGUAUUGGACAGCGAGAAGAACAAGCGACUGGUGAAGAAAGUCGAUAUGGUGCUUUUGCCAUUGAUGGCCGGCACCUACGUCCUCCAGUUCAUCGACAAACAAGCUCUCUCAUACUCUGCCGUCUUCGACCUCCUAGAUGAUACCGGCACCACCCUCAAGCAGUAUAGCUGGUUUGGUAGCAUCUUCUACCUCGCCUACCUGGUUGCUGAAUACCCAUGGUCCUUCCUUGCGCAGAAGACUCUGAUGGGCAAGGUCGUUGCUGGUUGCAUUAUUGCUUGGGGGAGUAUAAUGAUGAUCACUGCUGCUAGCAGCAACUUCGCUGGCCUUGCAGUAUGCAGAUUCUUCCUUGGCAUAUUCGAAGCCCCUAUUACUCCAGUUUUCAUGAUGAUCGUUGGCAUGUGGUAUACCCGGCAAGAGCAGCCUUUCCGCGCUGGCGUCUUUUACAGUUGCAACGGCAUCGGCCUCAUGCUUGGUGGACUCCUCAGCUUCGCCAUUGGUCAAAUUGACGGAUUCAAAGUCUGGAAGGCCAUUUUUAUUAUUUGUGGUGGCAUCACAGUUCUUUUUGGGGGCCUUAUGCUUUGGAAGCUGCCCGACAACAUCUUGCGGGCCAAGGGCUUCAGCUUGGAGGAAAAAGCCUUGCUUAUCGGUCGCGCCAGGCUGGCCAAGACUGGUGUGCUGAACCGCACUAUCAAGUGGGCUCAGGUCUGGGAGUGUCUGGUGGACCCUCAAAUCUGGCUUCUGAUCAUCUUCGUCUUGGUCAACGAGGUAAUCAAUGGAGGUGUUUCCAAUUUCGGCUCUUUGAUCAUCAAGGGUCUAGUUGACGAUGCACUUCUCAGCGUUGUUUUGGGCAUUCCACAAGGUGCUUUUCAAUGUUUCUGGAUCCUUUCCGGAACUUGGCUGGCAUCGAGGUACCAGAACAUGCGGACUGUUAUCAUGGCUGUGUAUAACAUCCCUACAAUGCUUGGUCUUUGUUUGAUCUGGAAGCUUGACCGUGAGAGCCAGAAAAUUGGACUUCUCUUCGGAUACUACAUGGUAACAGCAUACGUGACUUCACUUGUGUUGGCCUUGCAAAUGCCGUCUUCUAAUCUUGGAGGCUAUACAAAGCGCGUUACCGGUACUGCACUGGUAUUUGCCGCUUACUGUGCUGGCAAUGUUAUCGGCCCACACGCCUUUCUUGCCCGCGAGGCUCCCAUCUACCAAACUGGUGUUAUCGUCAUGCUAGCUUGUAGUGUGGCCCAGGUGGUGUUGGCUGUUAUGUUGCGAUACCUCCUGAUCCUGAGGAACAGGAAGCGUGAUCAUGCUGCGGCCGAGUCUGUUCAGACGCCAGAGGAUACAAGCGCCGACGUGACUGACUUUAAUAAUCCCCAUUUCAGAUACGUUCUGUAA